CAUGAACAAUGGAUUCCCUGCCCUGAAGAGCUUGCACUCUAGUCGGGCGUGCCCAAGUGCGUCACACACACACGGGACAAUAGGGGACAGUGUGAGGCAGGGGAGUGGCUUUGUAAUGUGAGCAGACUCCUCUGGGGACAAUCACUCACUGCUGUGUCCGACUCCUGAGCGCUGCGGGGAGGAUAUGGUUAACCUGUUGCUGGGGAGUCUCACAUGAGAGCGGCUGUAACUGAGGGGCAUCUCUCUCUCUCUCGUCCCCAAAGUGCCAGCCAUGAAGAGGUGGCAGUCGUUGUUUGCCAAGCAGACUUACAGGCCGUCAGUGGUGGACAAGUGGAGCAAACAUGACCAAAAGCUCUUUGAAGCGGUGGAGAAAGGGGACACGAAGAAGGUCUCUUCUAUUCUCUCCAAGAGGUUCCUCAGACCCACCACGCCGGGCCCCAGGGGAAUAUCCUCCUUCCACUUGGCCGCCGCCCGAGGCCUUACAGAUAUAUUAAAUAUCAUCAUUUCCUAUAAAGUGGAAGUCAAUGCCAAGUCAGAUGAAGGUUGCACGGCGUUACACUUGGCUGCCAGUCAUUGCCAUCCGGAAUGUGUGAAGCUUCUCCUGCAGCGAGGGGCUCAUGAAGAUUCCAUAGAUUUCCACAGUCGGACGCCUCUACACUGCGCAGCUGCCUCGGGUUGUGUUUCCAGUGCGCGGUUCCUGUGCGAUGCGGAGGAUUGCUCCCUCGACGCGGCUGAUGAUGACAGCCGGACGCCACUGAUGACAGCCGCUAUAAGGAAUCACCCCACAGUUUGUGCUUUGCUGCUGGAACGGGGGGCUCAGAUUGACCUGCACGACAAAGAUGCAAAGACGGCCCUAAUGCUGGCAUGUGAGAGAAGCAACAUACAGGCGGCGGAGGUGCUGAUAACCCGGGGGGCUGACCUGGUGCUGAAGGAUAACAGGGGCUUUGAUGCCCAACACUAUGCCAACCAGUCUCGGGAUGAGUCUCUCUGUAGGCUGGUGCAGGCAACCCUAGACAAGAGGAAAAUUGAGCGAGGAACGGGCCAAGAAAAUCAACACUUGGCCAAGGGUCAUCAUCAUGUCAGAGGUAAGGAAGAUGAGAUGGUAAACAUAUGGAAGAAACGAUACGAGGAAGAGCACAAGAAGGGAUUAUGGCUUCAGGGAGACUUAAUGAGGAAGACUCAUGAAAUUGAGGAACUCUUGGAAGAAAACCAUUCAGAGAAGAGGAGGAUGCGAGAAAUGGUGGAAAAGUUGAAGGAUCUUCUAGAUGGACCCUCAGAGGACCAGAAUAAUACAGGCGAUGACUUUCAGACAUCUGAUAUUUUCCUUUCCCUAAGCUGUGCUGUGGAGCAAAUACAAGCAAUAAAAGAACAGAAGCUAAAGGCACAAGAUCUACAGGAGAAAAAGCUUAACAGCUUUGCUGACAUGACUCUCGAAGAAAAAAAAUUCCAAGAGAGCCAUCAAGAAGCAAUGAGACACCUUCAGGAUGAGUUGAUUGCAGCAAAUGAAAGAGAAGGUGUUGCACAGAGUAGAGUAGCUGAGCUUGAAGGACACUUGGAGAACAUGAGAUUGAUGAUGUCUCAGUUUGAAAUGAGGAAGCGCAUUGACAGUACAGUGGUGGAAGAUCUGCAGGAACAGAUCAAUGAACUUACUCGGGAAAGGAAUGAACUAUUGAAAAGAUUUCAGAAACAAGAGGAUAAUAAAUCCAAGACUGGGGAGCUUAACGAUGACCAAAAUACUCUACAAACCGAUGUCAGAGUCUUAAAGGAGUUUCUAAAUAGCUUAAAGAGUGAUUGCAUUAAAGUACAGACAAAAGCAUGGGAUGUGCAUAGAAGAGAAUCCCUCACUGGGUUUGUGCCAGUAGGUGUCUUAGAACAAAGUGCAGAAAGUUGGAAGAAGAUCAGCUCUGCCAUGGAAACACAUCUUGUGAACCUCGUGCCAUCCCAGUCUAACCUUCUUGUGAAUGGAUCAGUAAGUGAGUACAAGGAUGCAGCACCCCAUCUUCAAAGUUUGCCAGUGGUGGAAGCUUGUAUUACUUGUGAACAAGAAGAACUGGUCAAUACUUGUGGAAACAUGAACGAUCUUACCAGGGAAGCCACUAAGAAAAACACUGAAACCCAAAAGUCUAUUGAUGCGUUAAGCCGGAAAGUUUUGGAUCACGAAGCUAUGUUGGAUUCUCUUAAACUUACCAACGAUAGAUUGCUCAGUCAAGUGAUGAUGGCCAACCAGGAGAAGCAGAAUUUGGAAGAAGGGCUCCUUACUUUGCAGGAUAGGCUACAGGCAGAGUUUGUCAUUAAGCAAAACACUGAGAAGAAAUACAAGGAACUCGUUCAACAAAACCUGCUUCUAUCAGAUGAGUUGUUAGGAGAGCAAGAGAAAGUGACAAGGUUUAGGGAAAGGCUUGAGUCCUUGCAGAGUGAAAUGGUCAUGCUAAGGGACAGUUUCCCACCUGAAAUCGUUAAAGAAGGAAGCCCCAAAGCACUGGAGAUGUUCAGUUCUGAUGUCUUGGAGGAGCUCUACUGGAAUGUAGGAACAUUAGUGAGGAAAUAUAAUGAGGUGGAGAACCAAAAGACAAUGUGGCAGAAAGAGGUUCAGAAAUUGUUAGACAACCAGGCACUGAGUGUAUCCCUCACAGAGCACAACAAUACACUCAAUGAAAUGAAAAGCAAGUCAGAGACGCAAAAGAAAGAAACAGAAGAACUUAGACAAAGACUCUCCCAAGCAAUGGGGAGUGUGGUAGAGCUCAAAGGACAACUUGACAGCCAAUCCAUAGACUUUAUGUCCAAAGAAGAGCAUGAGCGUCAAAUUUUUACCCUCCAAAGGGAGGUCACCACCCUGAAGGAGGAGAAUGAGGCAUGCCAGGUGGCCUUAGAAGGCAAAUGUGAGGAGGCCAUUGUCUUGAAACAGCUCCUAGAACAGGAGGUGGAGGAAAGGCAAGUGAUAAGCUCCAGAGAAACACAAGAGUCGCAAGAGAAGGAGAGAGUCAGGCAAUCUCUGGACACUCAAGUCCAGGCACUACAUGAAGAGGUCCAGAUUCUCUCUGGGAAGCACAAUGAGGCUUCCAGAGAAGUAUCUAAUUUUAGGGACACCCUAGCAUUGGAGAGGGAAAAGGUUAAGAACUUAGAAGACCGAAUAACCCAGCUAGAAGAAGAGGCAGAGGAACUAGGGGGCAAAUCACAGGACUAUCAGGAUGAAAAUAUCCUUCUUACUGAGAAAUACAACAGUCUUCAGCAGAUUUCCCUGGAAAAAGAGAAAAAGGUAGCGGAACUGAUGACAGAGUUGGAAUCUUUAACCAAGGAGAUCGUUGGGCAGCACAAGAAGAGUGAGACUCUGGCUCUUCAGCUUGAGGAAUCCAAUAAACAGCAUCAAGACAUUGUCAAUGUCUACAGAGCCCACCUGCUGAAUGCAGCUCAGGGCUUGAUGGAUGAAGAUGUCCAUUUGACUUUGCACUGGAUCCUAAAGAUGCAAAAAGAAGUUGUUUAUUGAUUGGAAACGGUCGCCAUGACAAUAUGUUCUCUAAGUGCGUGAAAAAGUGCCUUGUGGUGCCAGUGCUCCCUCCUUCACUGCACCCAAAGAACACUAAGAAGAACCACUUGCAAGGAUAGAGUCCCAAUUUAAGGUCUAAAUGCCAUACCAUACCAAUAUACUGAUUCAGCAAUUUGCAUCUGCAUCUGAUCUCCCAGCAUACCCCUUAAAAGAAUUUGGGAGUUGAAGUUCUUUCUGAUAUUUUGUGAUCCUGGUUAUUUUCUGUACUUGAGUUAAUUUGACAAAACAACCAAAUGUAAUUCAAUUAUGCUGGUGCUAUUGUUGUCAGAUUUCUGUUGUGGGUCUUCACCUCUGAAGUGGGUAGAGCUAUAAAUACCUGCAGCCAAUAAGGUGUUGGAAAAUUCAGUUAGGAGCCAACCAGAGUAUAAGUAAGUAGGGUAAUGAUGGAGAUGGAAGGUAAAGAUGGAGACGGUGGGGUAAAGAUGGAGAUGGCAGAGUAAUGAUGGAGACUGUGGGGUAAAGAUGGAGAUGGCAGAGUAAUGAUGGAGACUGUGGAGUGAAGAUGGAGAUGGCAGGGUAAUGAUGGAGACUGUGGAGUGAAGAUGGAGAUGGCAGGGUAAUGAUGGAGACUGUGGAGUGAAGAUGGAGAUGGCAGGGUAAUGAUGGAGACUGUGGAGUAAAGAUGGAGAUGGCAGAGUAAUGAUGGAGACUGUGGAGUAAAGAUGGAGAUGGCAGGGUAAUGAUGGAGACUGUGGAGUAAAGAUGGAGAUGGCAGAGUAAUGAUGGAGACUGUGGCGUAAAGAUGGAGAUGGCAGGGUAAUGAUGGAGACUGUGGAGUAAAGAUGGAGAUGGCAGGGUAAUGAUGGAGACUGUGGGGUAAAGAUGGAGACUGUGGGGUAGAUUGUGACAGUAGGAGAAGAUGACAGUGGGAAUAAUUGCAGGAACACUUGAGCCCCCAGCACCUACUGACAAUCAAUGGCUGAAGGGUCAUAGUUUGGACAGUGCUAAUUUAUGAAAUAACGGGACACUAAACAUUCUGAUCUUUCAACAGGCCUUGUCAACUUGGGGCCCUGUGAGCUCUAGAUGGGGCCCUGGUUUAGAGGGACAGAGAGGAAAAGACAAAACAUUAAGGUUCCAGGAGGCUUUAGUGUCACUGGGGGAGGGGGGCACUGAAUGACAAUCACUAGACCACUGUAAUAUCCAACACCCCUAAAUUCUAUACUACUGAAUACAUUUUAUAUUUAAUGGAUAUAAGUUAUAGAGAUUUCUUAUUGGUUCAAUAAAUACUAUUUUAUCAAGAA